CCAAAUUGUUCGAACUUCGACACUGCGACGACAAUCACCACGACAGCGGACGACAGCCAUGGCCCCUACUACCAAGCAAGGCAAUGCCUCCCGGGCUAACGCUGCCGCCAAGGCAGUCGUUAAGGGCUCUUCCCUCCACAAGGCCCGCAAGGUCCGCACCUCGACCACCUUCCACCGCCCCAAGACCCUGCAGCUCUCGCGGUCCCCUAAGUACCCCCGUGUCUCGGUCCCCCGUGACCCCCGCAUGGAUGCCCACAACAUCAUCCUGUACCCCCUCAACACCGAGAGCGCCAUGAAGAAGAUCGAGGAGAACAACACCCUCGUCUUCAUCGUCGAUGUCAAGGCCAACAAGCGCCAGAUCAAGCAGGCUCUUAAGAAGCUGUACGACGUUGACACCAUCAAGGUCAACACCCUCGUCCGCCCCGACGGCUCCAAGAAGGCUUUCGCCCGUCUCACACCCGACGUCGAUGCUCUGGACAUUGCCGCCACCAAGCUGGCCAUCGUCUAAAAGGGGAAUAGGAAAUUGAUUUCUUUGGGUUUAGGCGAACUUUGUUUUCCACCGUGGUGAUUCUCAAUACCAGCCAGUUCCUUGGCUGUUAUGUGCAGCAACGAGGGCUGAAUGAUACAAAAAAGAAACAUUUCUUGACACGAUUUAAAA